GUCACUUCCUCCUGGAACCCGGAUAAAGAAGUUCCCAGAUUACUGUCACUGCUCCCAACCGCUGCACUACAGACAUGGCUCUGCCACCUUUUUUCGCCCAGAGCCGUCAGGGACCUCCCCCUCCGCAGCCACCGCCUUCCGCUCCAUUCGGCUGUCCGCCCCCGCCGCUGCCCUCUCCGGCUUUCCCGCCGCCCCUUCCCCAGCGACCCGGCCCCUUCCCGGGGGCUUCCGCCCCCUUCCUCCAGCCUCCGCUGGCCCUGCAGCCCCGCGCGCCAGCCGAGGCCUCCCGCGGCGGUGGCGGUGGCGGCGCCUUCUUCCCGGUGCCACCCCCACCGCUGCCGCCGCCGCCGCCGCAGUGCCGGCCCUUCCCGGGGCCCGACGCCGUCGAGCGUCCACGGCCACCGCCUCCAGGUCCCGGGCCGCCCUGGAGCCCGCGCUGGGCGGAGGCGCCGCCGCCGCCCGACGUGCUCGGAGACGCGGCCCUGCAGCGCCUGCGUGAUCGGCAGUGGCUGGAGGCGGUGUUCGGGAACCCCCGGCGGCCCGGUGGCCUCCGGACCCCGCGCACACCCGCCGGGCCCAGCCUGGGUGAAGUCCGCGCGCGGUUGCGUUCCGCUUUGCGUUUGGUGCGGCGGCUACGCAGCUUGGGGCAGUCCCUGCGCGAGGCUGAGGCCGACGGAGCAGCCUGGGCCUCCCUGCACGCUCAGGCGGCGCCACUACGAGCGGAGCUAGCGGAGCGGCUGCAGCCGCUGGCCCAGGCCGCCUAUGUGGGCGAGGCGCGACGGAGGCUGGAGAGGGUCCGGCGCCGCCGGCUGCGGCUUCGUGAGAGGGCCCGGGAUCGGGAGGCUGAGCGGGAGGCGGAGGCCGCGCAGGCCACGGAACGGGAGCAGGAGAUUGACCGCUGGAGGGUGAAGUGCGUGCAGGAAGUGGAGGAAAAGAAGCGGGAGCAGGAACUCAAAGCAGCUGCUGAUGGGGUCUUAGCUGAAGUAAGGAAAAAGCAAUCAGACACCAAAAGGAUGGUGGACAUUCUGCGUGCUUUAGAGAAGCUGAGGAAACUGAGGAAAGAAGCUGCAGCAAGGAAAGGGGUCUGUCCUCCUGCUUCAGCGGAUGAGACUUUCGAGCACCAUCUUCAGCGGCUGAGAAAGCUCAUUAAAAAGCGCUCUGAACUGUAUGAAGCUGAAGAGAGAGCCCUCCGAGUUAUGCUAGAAGGAGAGCAGGAGGAGGAGAGGAGACGAGAACUGGAAAAGAAACAGAGAAAAGAGAAAGAGAAACUUCUACUACAGAAACGGGAAAUUGAGUCCAAGUUAUUCGGGGAUCCAGAUGAGUUCCCACUUGCUCACCUCCUGCAGCCAUUCCGGCAGUAUUACCUCCAGGCUGAGCACUCCUUGCCCGCGCUCAUUCAGAUAAGGCAUGAUUGGGAUCAGUACCUGGUACCAUCUGAUCAUCCGAAAGGCAACUCGGUUCCCCAAGGAUGGGUCCUUCCUCCGCUCCCCAGCAACGACAUCUGGGCAACGGCCAUUCAGCUGCAUUAAGAUGCUCCAGGAGUGUGGUCCAGCUGGCAAGCACUGCAGCUCUAGAUAUUAGAGAUGCGGUUGUCUCACGCUCUAGUCUUCUACACAACUUAACUCUGUGUGGCAUUGUCCUAGCUGGAAAGCCUUUUUCUUUUGUUCUCUGCCCUAGGCAGGGGUACCUCUGGAGCCAGAGGUUCAUAAGGUUCUUCUGGAAAGGAUCUAGAUGAACUGAGGUUAUUAGCAUGGGCUGUAGCCUUGGCUCUCUAAAUCUGCCUCUGUUUUGAGAGGCUUGGUUCAAUGUGGCCUGCUCAUUUGUUCCAGGUUUGUUAUAUAUUGGUGGGUAAGAACAGGCAGCACACUUGGCUACUGCUUGAAGGUGUUCACUGAGUAGAGUUAGCAGCUACUGCUCCUUAUCUUCCCAUACCACCUGCCCUCCAGCUCCCAGGAGCACCUACAGUUUCCAGUUUCAGUGCAGUGUGGGAGGCUGCUACUGAAGAUGAUGGGGCAGUGGCUGCCAGGAUCACUGAUGGCUUAGAACUGUUGUCCUGUGGAGAGCUUAGAAAACUUGAAGAGUUAGCAGAGCCAGGGUGGCUUGUGCUCUGACAGACAGUGCCUGUUUUCCUCAUGAAAGUGCCAGUGCAAGAGUUGUGAGGGAACUAGUUGUGUGGGGCCUCCAAGAAUAGAAACUUAUUUCCCUGUGGGACUGUAAUCUCAGUCACAUGGUAGGGGCUGGAUAGCUCAAGCUUCUAAAAACAUCCAUGUCAUAAAAGCCGGGAAAAGAGCAAAUAUGAAAGAUAAAUUUUAUUUUUAUAUUCAUUAAUAAGUGCUGUUGUAUUUGGACAUGAUCAGUCAUAUGACAUGUUAUGGUUUUUGUUUUGCCUUAUUCUGGGUUUUGUUAUUUAAUUUCCUAAAAGCUGAAUAAAUACCAUUUUUGCUUUUUUGUUUGA